AUGCCACAAAAUCCAAAUGCUGUUGUCAAGAGUGUGUUAUCAAGCCCGCUUUUGACGAAUCCAAACCGAUGGCUCUGGGAUGUGCCGAAAAAGCAUGCACACCAUUUAAUAGAGGAACAGUAUUACUCUCGGAAUAAGCUUGCGGCAAACGUUUUUGCACAGAUGUUGACAUCAGUUUCUGCGGUAUCAUUGGAUGAGGUGAUUCCCAAAGGCAACUCAAUACCCGUACCUCCAAUGGUCAAGAAUACAGCGCAGGCACAGCUUGUACCAAGUUUUGACAAGUCACGUAACGAGCCAUAUCGUGCGAUUAUAAAUAACAAGCACUAUAUCGAAGUAUUACUGAAGAAACCCAAAUUGGCUGGAAGGUAUAAGCCAGCAUUGGCUGCAAAGUUGGGAUUACAGAAGAGAGCAGAAACACAAUUUGUUUCUGAUAUGCCAAGCAUUGUUGAGAAUUAUUACAAAACAAAAAUUCAAUCUUUGCUUGAACAAAUUGAAAUAACUGAACAGAAUAACGUUGAAAAGGAGGCAAUUGGAAAUCAAGGCAUACUCUUGACUACUAUAGAGCAAAACCAACCUUUUCAAUGGAAGAAUGGCUGUUUGGAAAUUGAAAAAACAUUGUUUGGUAUUGAAAACGAUCAAGUUGUCGAUUUUAAAACGCAGUCUGAGCUAGCACAUUUACUUGUUGCAUACAUGGAUUUUCUCAAUUGA